AUGAGGCUUCAUUCAUGGCUGCAUUUCAGUGUGGAGUGCAAUGCCUCGUACGAGUACCACUCCCUCUACGCCUACUUCGACAGGGACAAUGUUGCCCUUAAGGGCUUUUCCAAGUUCUUUAAGGAAUCGAGCGACGAGGAGAGGGAACACGCGGAGAUGCUUAUGGAGUACCAGAACAGACGUGGAGGGCGGGUGAGGCUCCAGUCUAUCGUGACCCCAUUGACAGAGUUCGACCACUCUGAGAAAGGCGAUGCUCUGUAUGGUGCCCGGUUUGUGCUCGCUACCGAAGGAGCUCCAUGUUGAAGAAGAUUGAAGAGCACCAGGGUUAACACCAGGGCAGCUUGUAGAGCUUGUAGAGCUUGUAUAUGUAUAGAGCUUGUAAAUGUAUCACGUGUAGAGCUUGUAGAGCUUGUAUAUGUUAGAGCUUAUUAUGUGUAGAGCUUGUAGAGUAUAUGUUAUUUG